AGAACAGCAAGGAGCACAGCGGCGUCAGGGGGACGCAGUUUUCAGCCUCGUUUUCCCUUCUGUUUAGGAAAAUAAGGACUUUCAAACUGAUGACAAGCAGAAGAACGACUAAACACCAAGACUAAAGUGAGGAGCUGGGGUUGGCUCUCUGAGGAAAGGAAGACGGCAACAUGGCAGUCUCCACUCAGCUGGGUCUACUGCUGUGGAAGAACUUCACCUACAGACGAAGACAAACUAUCCAGCUGCUGAUUGAGAUCAUUUGGCCCUUGUUUAUCUUUUUCAUCCUGAUAUCGGUCCGGAUAUAUUAUCCACCCUUUGAGCAACAUGAAUGCCACUUCCCUAACAAGGCCAUGCCCUCUGCAGGUACCCUACCCUGGGUACAAGGCAUUAUCUGUAACGCCAACAAUCCCUGCUUUCGUAAUCCGACCCCUGGAGAGAGUCCAGGCAUCGUUGGAAAUUUUAAUGACUCUAUAAUCUCCCGACUCUUUAAUGAUGCAAAGAAGAUCCUGCUGUACACGCAGAACGAUAAGAGCUAUCAAGGCUACAAAGGAAUGCUGAGGGCCCUCAGGAAGCUUCAGGAGAACCCUGCUCGAUUCAAGCUGAAGGAUUUCUUGAGAGACGAUGAGACUCUUUCUCACUUUCUGCACCACAACGCGUCGCUUUCUCAUCACACACUGAAGCAGGUUUUGGAGGCCGAUGUCAAUUUGGAGAAGGUGCUCACAAAAGGUUUUGGAUUCCAUCUGAGAGAUCUUUGCAACACAACACCACUGGAGGAGUUUGUCCACAUUGAAGACCGCAACGUGUCCCAGUUGACUCAAGAAAUCAUUUGCAAAUCAUCCAGUGACUGGCUGGACAAGGCUCAGAACAACUUCCUCUCCAAUUUGGACUUUCUGAAACCGAUUCGGAAGGAUGUGAGGUCCAACCCCAAAGUGGUCCAAGAAGUUGCAACCGCGACCGACAACCUUCUGGAGAGCCUUGGAGCGCUGGGGGUCGAGCUUGCCAGUAUGAAGAGCUGGAAAGAAAUGAGAAAGGAGAUCCUGUAUCUGACUGCAAACUCAACAGGAUCUCCGAAGCAGGUGUACCAAGCUGUGUCGCGUAUUGUUUGCGGACAUCCAGAGGGAGGCGGCCUGAAAAUCAAGUCCCUCAACUGGUACGAAGACAACAACUACAAAGCUCUGUUUGGACACCGCGGCAAUGACACCGACAGUGAGCCCGUCUCCACUUAUGACAACUCUUCCACUCCCUACUGUAACAGCCUGAUGAAGAACCUUGAGUCCAGCCCCAUUUCCAGGAUGAUAUGGAGAGCCCUUAAACCUCUUCUCAUGGGGAAGAUCCUGUACACCCCAGACACUCCAGCAACACAGAGGAUCAUCCAUGAGGUUAAUAAGACCUUCCAGGAGUUAGGCGUGCUGAGAGACCUGGGGGGCAUGUGGGAGGAAAUGAAGCCCAAAUUAUGGAACUUCAUGGAGAACAGCGAGGAGAUGGACUUAGUUAGGUCCCUGCUCCAAAGCAACGCCAGCGCUGCUUUUCUGAACACUCAGCUCAGUGAGACUGAGUGGCGGGUGCCAGAUGUGGCAGACUUCCUCACAAAAGCCUCCGAGGACCAAAGACCUGCGGGCUCUGCGUACACAUGGAGAAAUGCGUUCAACGAAACGGACCAGGCCAUAAAGACCAUUUCACAGUUUAUGGAGUGUGUGAACUUGGACAAAUUGGAGCCAGUUGCCAAUGAGGAACGCUUGGUCAACAAGUCAAUGGGUCUUCUGAAUAACCAGAAGUUCUGGGCUGGAAUCGUGUUUCCCGACAUCCUUCCAAAUAACAGCACAGACCUGCCGUCCAACGUCAACUACAAAAUCCGCAUGGACAUCGAUAAUGUGGAGAGGACGAACAAGAUUAAAGACGGAUACUGGGAUCCUGGUCCCAGAGCAGACCCCUUCGAGGACCUCCGGUACGUCUGGGGUGGAUUUUCUUACCUGCAGGACGUCAUUGAACAAGGAAUUAUCCGAGCCAUCACCGGCACGAAGGAGAAGACGGGCAUCUACAUUCAACAAAUGCCGUACCCCUGCUACGUCGAUGACAUAUUCCUGCGAGUUAUGAGCCGGUCGAUGCCUCUUUUCAUGACUUUGGCAUGGAUGUACUCUGUGGCCAUCAUUAUCAAAGGCGUGGUGUAUGAGAAGGAGGCACGGCUGAAGGAGACCAUGAGGAUCAUGGGACUGAAUAAUGGCACCCUGUGGCUGAGCUGGUUCAUCAGCAGUUUAAUCCCACUACUGAUCAGCGCAGGCUUACUGGUGGUCUUGCUGAAGAUGGGCAACCUGUUGCCAUACAGCGACUCGGGCGUCGUGUUUCUUUUCCUGGGAUCCUUCGGUGUCGUGACCAUCAUGCAGUGUUUUCUCAUCAGCACUCUGUUUUCUCGUGCCAACCUGGCGGCGGCCUGCGGAGGAAUAAUAUACUUCACCCUCUACCUGCCCUACGUUCUGUGUGUCGCCUGGCAAGACUACGUGGGAUUCGGAGCAAAGCUUGUUGUGAGUCUUCUGUCGCCUGUUGCUUUCGGUUUUGGCUGCGAGUACUUCGCCCUGUUUGAAGAGCAAGGCGUUGGGAUCCAGUGGUCAAACCUACUCGCGAGCCCCCUGGAGGAGGACAGCUACAACCUGACCACCUCUAUCUGCAUCAUGCUGUUUGACGCAGUGCUGUACGGAAUAAUGACCUGGUACAUCGAGGCGGUUUUCCCUGGUCAGUACGGUAUCCCCAGGCCUUGGUAUUUCCCUUUCACAAAGUCAUAUUGGUGUGGAGAGGAGGAACAUCAAAACAUUAACACCCCUCUGUCAAAGAAGGGCAACGCUGACGCUGUGUGCAUGGAGGAAGAUCCCAGCCACAUUGACCCGGGUGUUUACAUCGAAAACCUUGUGAAGAUCUACAGCCAUGGAAACAAGCUGGCGGUGGACGGACUGAGCCUUAAAUUCUACGAAGGCCAGAUCACCUCCUUCCUCGGCCACAAUGGAGCUGGCAAGACUACGACUAUGUCGAUCCUGACCGGACUGUUCCCACCCACCUCCGGUACUGCCUACAUCCUCGGCAAGGACAUCCGCUCAGAGCUCAGCAGCAUCAGGCAGAACCUGGGGGUCUGCCCCCAGCACAAUGUGCUUUUCAGCAUGCUGACAGUUGAGGAGCACAUCUGGUUCUACGCUCGCCUGAAGGGUCUUUCAGAGGAGAAGGUGAAGACUGAGAUGGAACAGAUCGUGCACGACGUUGGACUGCCACACAAGCGAAAGUCUCGCACAAGCACCCUGUCAGGUGGGAUGCAGAGGAAGUUGUCAGUAGCGCUGGCUUUUGUUGGAGGUUCAAAGGUUGUCAUUCUGGACGAGCCUACUGCCGGCGUUGAUCCGUAUGCACGCAGGGGAAUCUGGGACCUGCUCCUCAAAUACAGACAGGGCCGCACCAUCAUCCUUUCCACUCAUCACAUGGACGAGGCUGACAUCCUGGGUGACCGCAUUGCCAUCAUUUCCCACGGCAAGCUGUGCUGCGUGGGCUCCUCUCUCUUCUUGAAGACGCACCUUGGAACGGGCUACUACCUGACUCUGGUCAAGAGAGACUACGACCUGUCGCUGCAGUCCUGUAGGAACUCUGCCAGCACAGUGUCCUACGUGAAAAAAACAGAGAAGGAGGACAGCGUAUCCGAGAGCAGUUCCGAUGCUGGUCUGGGGAGCGAACCCGAAAGUGAGACUACCACUAUUGACGUCUCCCUGAUCUCCAAAGUGAUUUUCAAGCAUGUCCCAGAGGCUCGUCUGGUGGAAGAUGUCGGCCACGAGCUCACUUACAUCUUGCCAUACCAAUCAGCUAAAGAUGGUGCCUUUGUUGAGCUUUUCCAUGAGCUUGAUGACCGACUUACCGACUUGGGAAUUUCAAGUUAUGGAAUAUCUGACACCACCCUGGAAGAGAUUUUCCUGAAAGUGGCAGAAGAUAGUGGAGUUGAUGCUGCUGAACUUUCAGAUGGAGUUGUACCAACCAGGACCCGGCGGCGACAUGCCUUUGGAGACCACCAGAGCUGCCUGAGGCCCUUCACUGAGGACGAAUUUGACUUCAACGACUCUGAAGGUGACCCAGAAUCCCGUGAGACUGACUGGCUCGGUGGAACAGACGGGAAAGGUUCAUAUCAGGUCAAAGGCUGGAGUCUGAAGAGACAGCAGUUUGUCGCUCUCCUCUGGAAACGAUUCCUUUAUGCUCGCCGCUCCAGGAAAGGCUUCUUUGCUCAGAUUGUUCUGCCAGCAGUGUUUGUGUGCAUUGCACUCGUGUUCAGCCUCAUUGUUCCUCCAUUCGGGAAGUACCCAAGUCUGCCUCUGCAUCCCAGCAUGUAUGGAGAACAGUUUACCUUCAUCAGCAAUGACAUACCUGAAGACCCUCACAACAGCAAACUCUUGGAAGCUUUGAUGGAAAAACCAGGAUUUGGAACACGCUGCAUGGAAGGAGAGCCGGAGUUUCCCUGUGCGGCAGUUGAGGACGACUGGUCGGCCCCUCCGGUCCCUCAAAGUGUAAGAGAGCUAUUCGACAAUGGCAACUGGACCAUGGAGAACCCGUCUCCUCUGUGCGAGUGCAGCUGUGACGGCCGUAAGCGGAUGCUGCCGGUGUGUCCUGCUGGAGCCGGUGGACUUCCACCGCCGCAGAUGAUGAUCAGUGAAGAAAACACCCUCCAGAAUUUGACUGGUAGAAACCUGUCAGAUUAUCUGGUUAAAACCUACGCUCAGAUCAUUGGAAAGAGCUUGAACAACAAGAUCUGGGUUAACGAAUUCAGGUACGGGGGAUUCUCACUGGGCGCUCGAGGUUCCCAAGUUAUGGCCCACACAGAUGAAGUUGAUUAUGCUAUUGCACAACUGAGGAAACGCUUUGAUCUUGAAAGGGGAACAGCAGCCGAUCGUUUCUUCGGCAGUCUCUCCAGUUUCAUCCAAGGAUUGGACACAAAGGAUAACGUCAAGAUCUGGUUUAAUAACAAGGGCUGGCACAGCAUUGGUUCCUUCCUCAACGUGAUGAACAACGCCAUCUUGCGGUCGAGCCUGCCACCCGGUAAAGACCCCGCAAAGUUUGGCAUCACUGCUCACAACCAUCCUCUGAAUCUCACCAAGGAGCAGCUGUCACAAGUUGCACUGAUGACAACAUCUGUGGACGUGCUGGUGUCGAUCUGUGUCAUCUUCGCCAUGUCCUUCGUCCCUGCCAGUUUUGUGGUCUUCCUCAUCCAGGAGAGGGUGACUAAAGCCAAACAUAUGCAGUUCAUCAGUGGGGUGCAACCCUUGCUCUACUGGCUGGCCAACUUUAUUUGGGAUAUGUGUAACUACGUUGUUCCAGCUACGCUCGUCAUCAUUAUAUUUGUCUGUUUCCAACAAGACUCCUACGUUUCUUCUACCAAUCUGCCAGUCCUGGCCCUGCUGCUUCUACUCUAUGGAUGGUCCAUCACCCCACUGAUGUACCCAGCGUCUUUCUUCUUCAAGAUCCCCAGCACUGCCUACGUGGUUCUAACCAGCGUCAACAUACUGAUUGGAAUCAAUGGCAGCGUGUCCACGUUUGUACUGGAGUUGUUUGGAAGCAAUGAUAUCGGCGGCGUUAAUGACAUCUUGAAGAACGUGUUCCUCAUCUUCCCUCACUUCUGCCUGGGUAGAGGACUGAUUGACAUGGUGAAAAAUCAGGCCAUGGCCGACGCUUUGGAGAGAUUUGGUGAAAACCGGUUUCGCUCUCCUCUGGCAUGGGACAUGGUGGGAAAGAACCUGUUUGCCAUGGCCAUAGAGGGUGUUGUAUUCUUCUGCAUCACGGUCCUCAUUCAGUACCACUUCUGGUUCAAAGCCAGAUCCUCCACCAGCCAUCUGAAACCUAUUGGAGAAGAAGAUGAAGACGUUGCCAGAGAGAGGCAGAGAAUCCUGAGCGGUGGGGGGCAGUCGGACAUUCUCGAGCUGAAGCAGCUCACCAAGAUUUACAAGCGGAAACAGAAGCCGGCAGUGGACCGGCUGUGCGUUGGCAUUCCUCCCGGAGAGUGUUUUGGGUUGCUUGGGGUCAACGGCGCAGGGAAGACCAGCACCUUCAAAAUGUUGACAGGAGACUCGGACGUCACCAGCGGUGAAGCCUACUUAGCUGGCAAGAGUGUAACCUCAGAGAUCAAUGAGGUGCAUCAGAACAUGGGCUACUGUCCUCAGUUUGACGCCAUCAAUGACCUUCUGACUGGAAGAGAGCACCUCGAGUUCUACGCCAUCCUGAGAGGAGUACCUGAGAAGGAAGUCUGUGAGGUGGCGGAGUGGGGUAUUCGGAAACUGGGUUUGGUCAAGUAUGUGGACAAAGCAGCUGGGAGCUAUAGUGGAGGAAACAUGAGGAAGCUCUCCACUGCUAUUGCACUCAUAGGAGGACCACCGGUGGUGUUUUUGGAUGAACCAACAACGGGGAUGGACCCUAAGGCACGUCGGGCCCUCUGGAAUGCCAUCCUGAGCAUCAUCAAAGAGGGGCGAUCCGUGGUCCUCACCUCUCACAGUAUGGAGGAGUGUGAAGCGCUCUGCACCAGGAUGGCUAUCAUGGUGAACGGCAGGUUCCGCUGCCUGGGCAGCGUGCAGCACCUUAAGAACCGGUUCGGAGAUGGCUACACCAUCAUCUUGCGAGUGGCGGGGCCAGACCCAGACCUACGGCCGGUUAGGGAGUUCAUUGAACAGGAGCUGCCGGGAAGCACGUUGAAGGAGAAACACCGCAACAUGCUGCAGUACCAGCUCCCCUCUUCCCUCACCUCCCUCGCCCGAAUUUUCUCCCUACUCUCCAAGAACAAGGAGGCACUCAGCAUAGAGGACUACUCUGUCUCCCAGACUACUUUAGACCAAGUGUUUGUUAAUUUCGCCAAGGACCAAAGUGAUGAAGACCACUUGAAGGAUGUCCACCUGAGCAAGCGGGAUGCCGUUGUGGUCGACGUUUCCAAAUUAAACUCUUUCCUCAUGGACAAUAAGACAAAGGAGAGCUGUGUCUAACUGGUCAAGCUAUGCUUCACCUUCCCUCCCAGCAACUAUAAAACGUGGACCACUAACUUGUGGGGGGGAGAUGAACAAUGGUCAUUUUUUUUUAUUUCUAUUUUUUAGUCUGUUUUUAAUUGUCAUCAUUUUCAGUGAACCUGCGUCUCAUCGCACAGCCUCUGAGGGAGGCAAAGACGGCAGGUUUUGUGACAGACACUGAAACGAUGAAAACUCAAUGCAAAUCAAUGCAAGUAAUAUAAAUAUAUUUAAGAUUAGAAGAUAGCCGUGUCGAGGUUGGAGACUGGAGCUCCUCCUCUUCACGACGUGGACUGGAAGAAAAGAAAAAAAGACACUUGAAGCGACGGCAGGAUUUGAAUUCCCCGUCGACUGGGAAGUCUGGGUUACUGACUUCAUGAGCAAGACACCUUCAGGGGAUAGCGCACGACAAAAUCUGGAGUUUUUCAUCUCCAUUCCUCGGAGCAGAGAGCAUCAGUCUGACAGGACUGCCUGUAAGCGACAGCAGAGUUUAUGACGUUGCAAAAACAAAGUCAUUCAAAUCAUUCACUGCCAGCUGUUGAACGAUGGACUGACUUCUUUUUAUUCAGGGUCAAACCUUUCUCAAUUUCUAUUUGUUACCGAGCGCAGUUGUUUUAUAAUGCAAGAGAUGUUUUUUUUUUUUUUUUUAAAAAAGCAUCUAAAAUCUCAUUUCAGUCUCAAAUUUGUGUUAACUUUUGCUAAUCUGAAACAAAAAAAAUCCUUUUAGGCAAGCAUGUUUAAGUUGUAUCUCAUGGUUGUUCAAUAUGUCAAACUGCUAACCAAUAUGUAUUUUUUUUUUUUUUUUUUUUUUGUAUUUGGUGUUCUUGGUGUCCUUAACAUUGUCCAGCACAGUGCCUAUUCUGGUGGAGGGUCAAGCUUGAGCACUCCAUUAAAAACAACAAUGUAUGUAGGCUGCCAAGGAAUGUAUAAGACCAGUACCAACAUGCAACACAGCACAUGGAAAUUUGUUUUAUUAUAGGUUAUCGUGAGCUAAUGUGUUGUUGUUUUUUUAACUGCCCUUCAAUGUAAGAAGAAAAAAAAAUAGUGGUUCCCUUUCGUCUGGUUAAGAUGUGUGUUCUGCUCUUCUGGCUUUUUUCAUCCUGCCCUCUUAAAACUAUUGCCGAACAGAAAGAAUAUGGUCCUUGAUCUGUUUGGAUUUGUUUUUCAACAUGACAUGGAAAUAUACUAUAUGCUGCAUGGGUUUUUACAAGGCCGCAACUUUGAGUGUCAGCAGCUCUGGUUGUGUGAGCCUGCGGUCUGCAGAAAGAAGCCUGAGCUGAAAUAUGUAAAUGUUUUGGUUAUGGCCUUUGAGAGGGCACGAUGGGAGCUCUUCAGAUCCAAGCCGGUGCUGCAUGAAUAAUAUGUACAGUUGCAAUUUUGUGAUGUUAACACUGGAGUGAACUAACUACGUGUGUGCCAAACAAAGCUGAACUUUCAUCGUUGACCAACCAGCAAAAGGAGACGAGUGUUUUGGAAAGUUCAUUCAUCAGCCUCGUCAGAAAUAUACCCCUCUUUCUGUUAUCAGCGGGGGUUAUUGGAAAAAAAAACGGCGUGCACUCUCCUUCUUUCUUAACAAGACUGCAAGUUAUGUUCAUCCUGCAGGGAAAUUGCCAGAGUCUGUCCACAUCUAGCUGCAGUGUAGGACGAGGCAUUUAUUUU